ACCACCUAGAAGACUUCUAGGUGGUGUUGGCUGCGCCCGGUUUGCCCGAGUCCGUGUACGCAGCGUUGAUGAGUGUACCGCCAAACGCGGAGCUCAGCCACAUGGGUGUCUGGAAACAGUGAUGAAAAUGAAACCAUAACUUUUUGAGGGCUUCUUGUUUUGUCCCCUUUCACUCCUCGGUCCCGCGCGGCACUCGCGCCGCUCGCGCAAAGUUGGUUCUUUAUUCUAUGGCUCGCGCUAGGUUGUGUGGCUAGUGUGCAGCCGUCCCGAAACAAGUUUUCGAAGCCCAUUUGUCAGCUUAGACAUCUAGAUCGCUAAUGUGCAUCACCGUCAGAAGUGUCAGAACUUUCCGUUAACUGAACUUGAAGGUGCGCUGCUGUAGAGCUCGCCGACUCGUUGUGUGCAGGAUACGAUGAAGAGCUCCGGACUGGGUGUUUUGUCUCCAGCCAUUAGCCUGCUUGCCGGCACCCUUAUUGGAUUCGUGAUCACUAGUCAGAUCUUACUAUGGCUCAAUAGCGAAAACUUUUGUGACACAUCUCCUUUUAAACGAACACAAGCCGCACCAAAGUCUCGCCUUCUAUUCGUUGGCGUGAUGACGGCAGAAAAGUAUCUGUCUACACGAGCUCUCGCAAUCCAGCGCACUUGGGGCAAAGCCUUGAGCGGAAGGCUCGCUUUCUUCUCAAGCGGCUCGUCGCAUUGGGACGGCGAGGAGAAACUACCUUUGAUCGCUCUCCGCGGCGUUGAUGAUUCGUAUCCGCCGCAGAAGAAGUCCUUUCUCAUGCUCAAGUAUAUGCACGAUCACUAUAUCGACCAGUACGAAUGGUUCAUGCGCUGCGACGAUGACGUUUACGUGCACGUCGAAAGACUAGAGCGCUUCCUCCGCUCUGUUAAUUCAAGCAAGCCACAAUACAUUGGUCAAGCUGGUCUCGGAAACAAAGAAGAAUUUGGCCAGUUGAGCCUUGAACCUGAUGAGAACUUCUGCAUGGGUGGACCUGGUGUGCUUUUCAGUAGGGAGACCCUUCGACGUCUUGUUCCACACAUCUCAACCUGCUUGAAGCAUCUUUAUUCAACCCACGAAGAUGUUGAAGUUGGCCGUUGUGUCAGACGGCACGUUGGCAUUCCUUGCACUUGGUCUUAUGAAAUGCAAACAAUUUUUUAUCACAACUUCUUUGGUGAGGUGGCUCUGAAAGGCCGUGUGAGGCGACGUGAAGUGCACAGGUCACUAACGCUGCACCCUAUCAAGGACCCUCGUGAAAUGUACAAGGUACAUGCAUAUUUUGGUGGAUUUCGUGCUCAAGAGCUGAGGCAUCGGUCACUUCAGCUUCUCAGGGAAAUACGAUGGGCUGCUCAGAGCUAUGGUGGAUGUGUGUCACCAACCCAAGCUGCAUCACCAUGGUGUAAGGGCAUUGUGAAUGGAUCUUCAGCCCUUUCUGAGAUGCCUUCCCUUACCAAGUACUUUCCAGGAGAAAUUCAAGAUCUCCUAACAUGGGACUUCUUUGCAAAGAGCCUCUACUCUGAUCAAGUGACAAACCCGCGUCGGCGCGUUGAAUCAUACUACGAGAUCAGCAUCAACAAUGUCAUUAGCGACCUGAUGGAGCUCACAAACCGCUACUCCAAGCAGCGUGGUCGCGUAAUUGAGUUCAAAGACGUGCUGUAUGGCUACCUGCGUGUUGACCCACUUCACGGUGCCGACUAUGUGCUUGACCUGCUGCUUACCUACCGCAAGUACCGUGGCCGCAAAAUGACACUGCCUGUGCGGCGGCACGCCUACGUACAACAGCCCUUUACCCAGUUGCGCAUUCGGGAUGUGACUCCUCCUGUGGACGAGUUGCGGCGGCGAGCCACAAUCCGCUUUGUGCUACCACUAUGCGGCCGGCGAGCUGCGUUUGAACGCUUCCUGCGCACCUUCCGCGACGUGUGCCUCGACAAGGAUGACGCUUGCAGCCUACUCGUGGUGCAGUACCGGGACCCCGCUGCUGAAGCCGAUGACCUGGAGGGCACAGUGACUGCCGAGCGGGUGCUGGGGGCAGACUACGACAAGUCACGCGUCGAGUUCCUGCCAGGUGGCAAUGGCGGCGAGUUCUCACGGGCUGCUGCUCUUGAGCUGGGUGCCUCACGCUUCAGAGAUGAUGAGCUGCUCUUCUUCAUUGACGUCGACAUGGUAUUUGAUGCUGGUGUGCUGCGCAGGGUCCGGGCCCAUACGGCGCGGCGCCGCAGUGCUUACUUUCCCAUCGUGUUCAGCCAGUACGACCCAGCCUACACAGGCAUUUCAGCUGCACACCCGCCCCAUGUGGCCCCUGAGGAAGGCUACUGGCGGCAGUUUGGCUUUGGCAUUGCUGCCAUCUACAAAUCAGACCUUGCAGCUGUUGGUGGGCUCGACGUCAGCAUCCGUGGCUGGGGUAAGGAGGAUGUGGACCUGUUUGACCGCAUGGUGGCUUCCAACCUGUCCGUGGUGCGUGCCCCCGACCCAGGCCUGGUGCAUGUCUUCCACCCGGUACGCUGCAGUCGUGACCUGGCCACUGCCCAGUAUGACAUGUGUUUAGGAACCAAGUGGACCAGCGUUGCCUCUGAGCGCACUUUGGCCACUAUCAUUGCACAGCAGCAUCACGAGCUGCUGACGAGGAACUUUAGGCGCUGAGAAGAGUUUGCAUCAUAAUUUUGCAUUGGAGGACAGUAGGUCGGCACGCACUCUGGCCAGAGGGCAUUGACGAUCCAUCAUGCCUGAGCAGUUCCAAACAUAAUUCAUUACUGCUACCAUUUUCGUCAUGGCCUUUGUCUAUGCACUAUAUACAUAUGUAUUUGUGAACCGGUAGCAUAUGGUUGCAUGUCUUGCCACAGGCCAUGCUCAUGUUUAAUGUGAACACUUGCACGGCAAAUGGCAAAGUGUUAACAUUUUUGGUGCUGCAACUACAACAUAUGUUUAUUGGUUGUUUUCAAAGCUAUUUUAGAUUAUUCCACUGGUAUGAUAACGUAACUGCUGUUCAGGAUUUCCAGUGUUUGAUGAAACUGUUACUGAUUUGGCAGGAACACAGCAAUUAUCGCAUAUCUGGUCUGGGGCAUUGUCUUCUCUGAGGUUUGGCCACAUAGAAUUUUCAUGCACUUUCUUGCUACAGGCAUAGCAGCACAUGUUGAGUGUUGCCUUGAUGCUCCGAAACUCUAGAUUUGAUGGUGGGACUUUUUGUGUGUACAAUUAUAUAAUAUUUACAAAUAUUGAUAGUUGCCCAUUCACAUAUUAAAUUUCAGAUCCCAAUGCCAUCAUUUUCUUAAACUAUUUUGUAUCUUUCAGUGAGAGGGUUACAGGGGAGCACUUGACUUAGGCUCAGGUUUACAAUGAGCUGCUCAUGUACAGACUGUUUCCAAUACAAAAGUCAGGUCAUUUACAGCUUUAAUCAUUCUUUUUCAUGUUUCUUAAAUUAAUUUUUUCACUUACACAGCUAAUGGCAUUAAAAAAAUACUGCUCUUUAUUCUUUCCUUUCUUUAUUAUUUUUUUCCCCCUAGUGGCUUGGCUUACUUGUCUCCAGUCAGUGUUUUGCCUUUGAGUAUUGUGCUUCACUUCAUUGCAUGUCACUAUCAUGAAUCUCGUAAUAAUCUUGUAUGAACGCCAUUAAGGUUGGUAAUGUAUGUAUAUCAUUGAUACAUGACAUGUAAUAUAGUGCCCUACUUCGGCAGAUUUAAGUCCUUCUGUUGCUCCUGAUGAAUCAUAUAGAGGUUGCCACAUUGAACUUGCUUUAGGGGAAUGUGAAUCGAGUAGUCCUUUUAUAAAACAGCAGUUAACUAUUCUUGACUUGCCAAUGCAUGAAAUCGCAGAAGGCUAUAUCAGCAGGAAGUUGAAUGGUGUGUCCUCCACUAUCAUGUCCUUUGUGAAGUAUGAAACCUUUGCCCUUGGUAAACGUGACAUACUUUGUGUUUUUUUUUAGUGUUGCUUACUAAGUAGUUUUGUGUAGUAUUUUAAUUAACAGUCCCUUUUAAGCUUAACAAGUGAUUAGAGAAUGAACAGGUGCAUGGCUAUGAGGUGCUUCCUUGUUCCUGAAAGGCUCAACAUGUCCAGCCCCAAAAUCAUUAAAGCAGACACAAUGAAGAUCAGUUCCACUGAAGGCAAGCGUUAUGCUCCAAAGAAAUGGCCAAUUUGUAUGUCGUAAAACUGCACGUUAUGUUUGACUCAACAUGGUGGUCAAAGUGUGCAUGCUACCAUGUGCUUAGAUGCAUUGCCUUUCCAGCGACGUAUAUUCAGAUGAACGUUUGCGAAGUGUUCAAUUCAACUAGCAAUUACAGUUUUUAUGGAUAUAUGCUCUAUUCAUAUUGUGACUUGAUUGAUCAUGUGCCUCAGUUGAGUUAGUGUUUUUGAAGUAAUUAAUGACUGAAAACCUCUGGUGCUGUUACAGAUAAUUAUCUUACAUUGAUUGGAUUUUGUGAGGUGCACAAAAUCAAAUUUGUGUCCAAAGGUUGUACAUCAGAUGCCAGUGCCCAUACUGAAUUGUCUCUGGUGCUUUGUGAAUUCCUGCAUAUGUUUUGAAAUUUACAACUUUGUAAAUGCAUAGGCAUGGCUAGACCAAUAUUUGUAUCUGAGCCGGGCAGGCUAAUUUCUAAAAUAUCAUGACAGUAGCCUUCUCUAUUUACGAUUAUGAACCAUGGAUUUUGCAGCACCUGCUACACUUAGACAAAACAAAAUAUUUCAUUUUUUCUUCUGAGUGGGUUGGGGAGAGGUCCUCCGAACAGUUGAGCAGAACUCUGCUCAGCAACCUUCAGUAGUUGGGGGGUCCUGGAAGGUGUCAGGCCAUCCGACUACACCCUCCCUCCAUGUUAUAGAUUCAUGCCUUGACUGUUGGCUUCGCCACAUUGCUGCCGUGCGCAAGGUGCGGUGUCCGUGCAUAGGAAAACAAAUAUAUAUAUUUUUUAUUGAUAGAUUAGAUAUAAAUCAACAGUCCAUCAGAAUAUUCAAAAUUGGGAAUCAUUGAGUUAGGUGCGAGGAAAUAGUGAAGUAAAAAAAAAAGAAAUAUAGGGACCGGUUGUAAUAUAGCCCGCAGUUGUGGAAAUGCCACUAUGAUUACUAAUGGGAUGAUGCCUUUUCCCUUCCUGCCUUUGAAGGAUCAGUGUGAUGACUAUGAACAAAGCUUUCAGCAUUUUUUGUUUGUUUGCUGUGUGCUACUUGUAUGGUACAUUGCUGUUUUAUGAGAGUCUCAUUUGAGCUAAGUUGAUGCAUGCUUGCUAAGUUGAUGUUUUAAUGUUUUUAGGCGUGUUUUGUCAUUGUCCUAAAAAUAUGUAUAUGAUCAGACGAUGACCUUGUAGCCUCCACACAUCGAGGCCUUCCACUUUACUCAGCCUUUGCCAUCACAUAGUAUCUUUUGUACUCGUGCAUGCUUUUGCAGUGUGACCAAGAACUUUUAUCUCUGAAAACUUUCAUCCACGUGCCUUGACACUGCCAAAGUGUGUGACUGUAUGAAUCCGUAGUUUCGUUGUUGUCUUACAUCGCCUACAUGCGUUGUGUCUUGACGCCAUUUGCUUCUGCGCUUUGCCAACUCUUUAUGGCACUACCUGCACCGUGCGCAGGUACUGUUGAAAAGUAUUGUUAAUAAUCACCUUAUGCGGAGUGUUGUACGCCAUGCGCGUGUUGUUGAAAGGCAUUGUUUGCGUGCUAGUCACGUUUACUUCUCGCACACUUUACAUGUGCGAUCGUGUCCGCGUACGUCCUCGCUGUGCCGUUCGUUGACGGGAAGGGUGCGCGCCGGACGCCCGUUUAUUUCUGUUUUGCGGUUGCACACAGCGUGCCAAAUUGUUUCCGGCAUAGAUAAGUCUGAGCGGCCGGACGUCUUGAGUGGCGCUUCCGGAGUAGCCUCAGUUAACCGGAAUGGCAAGCACCGAAUCUCUUUCCUCUCUGUCUGCCGAAGCAGCCGCAGUUGACUCAUGGCUGAGUUUUCAUUGAAGCUGCUGGUGACGGAACUAAUCUCUGGUCACAUGCUGUGGCCCCAACUUAUCGUUACUGCGGUGCGGAUCGCUUAUAACGCGCAAAUGCUUAAAAGUUACAAAGCCGGUUUUAAUGUGUAUUUUUUAACGCUAGCCUUACUACGAUGAAACGAUGCAGCGAUUGACAGCUGCUCAUAUGGAAGUGCGUACCGCUUGUUAUACGCCGCACUUUUCGGACAAGCUCGCAAAUCGACUGCGUGCACAGCAAGUGUGCUUUCCCGCAAUACGUUAGAGACGACGGUGAAGUUGAAAGACCAGGGGUGCAUGACGAAUGGAGAUAGCGUUUCGAGAACCUUUACUUGAAUGUGACGCUUAAAGCUACGUGCAUAUGCUUGUUUCGCGCCACAGGUCCAAGAUGUCUUCAUGAAUUUUGAGGUGGAAGGAUAAUUACUGUAACAAAAGAAAAUGAAUGGGCGGCACUCUACAACUCCCACUAUCGUGUCCUUGGGUUAGAUUGCGCAGCGAGUACGCUGCGCUGGCGACUGUGCAAGCCUACCACUCGGCGCGUGUUAUGUUCACUAGGUCAUGUUCAGAUGUUUAUCCUCCUGGCGCCCACAAUGAAGUAAAUAGAAAUAAUUUUCUUUUCCUGACAAUUGUUUCGCAGGUUACAGUCUAGAUUAUUACAUUUCCUCGAAAUUUCUUCUCGGUGAGAGCCCUCUGGUCGUCUCCGCAGAACUUAGGCCCUUGGUCGUCUCCGUAGAACCUUGUCAGUGCUUACUUGGAACGGCAAGGUUAGGAACAGCGCGAGCUGUAGUUCAGGGGAAAUGCACUCCAGUGAUUAGGCCUUGUGUUAUGAGCCAUGGAAAUUCUUAUAGUACAUGUUAAAAGUGGUCUGCACUGCGCUAAAAGGACUGUUGCACACGAGUACUCUUUGCCAACAUUUCUUUAUCCUGGCUGGCCUUGGCGUUCGUGUAGCGACGACUCUUAAAUGUUUAUCAUGUUGUAUUUUAUACCUUUUAUACUAUUUUUACAGCCUGUGUCCACCGAUCUUACGAUGUUAUAUCAAUAAACUCAUUUUAUUUGCCAAAA